AUGUAUACCAAGUCCAUACUCGUUGCAACGCUUGCGGGCCUCGCUGCCACCAGCCCCAUCGAAAGCCGCCAAUUCAGUGGUAUUGGUGGUACCGGCAGCAGCUCCAGUGAGUUCAGUCAAGGUGGAUGCAGAGACAUUCUCUUUGCCUUUGCUCGCGGCUCUACCGAGAUCGGCAACAUGGGAACUGUUGUCGGCCCACCCACCUCGGACGGUCUCAAAAAAGCCUUUGGAAGCGACAAAGUCGCCACAGAGGGCAUUCCCUACGCGGCCUCGAUCGCCACCAAUCUCAUCCCCGGCGGCACCGACUCAAAGUCCAAGGACCUCCUCCAGAGCACCCUGACCUCCAUGGCGGAGAAGUGCCCAGACUCAAUCAUCGUGUCCGGGGGCUACAGUCAAGGUGCAGCCGUAAACCACCGAGCCAUCGAGGCUCUCGAUGCCGCCGUCCAGCAGAAAAUCGCCGGCGUCGUGCUCUACGGCGACACGCAGAAGCAGCAGGACAAGGACCAGAUUCCCAACUUCCCCAAGGACAAGGUCAAGAUUAUCUGCCAGCCUGGUGAUGCCGUUUGCGUGGGUACCUUGUCUGUUUUGCCUGCUCACUUGACAUAUGGUAUGAGGGUCGACGAGGGCGUCGAGUUCUUGGUGCAGCAGAUCAAGGCGAUGCAGAACAAGGCCCGGGCUAGGGAUGUGAAGAGAGAGGCCGUGGCGGCUAUGGCUGAGACAGUCAAGAAGGUCGCUAAGACGAUUGCGGUGUAA